AAUUAUUUUCAAGAUCUCGAAAGUUGAAAAAAAGGGAAAUUGAUAAUAUCUCAUGUUUCAAUAUAAAUAGUAAUACAAUAGCAGUCAAAGCUUCAUCCUUGAACAACUAUGGCAUUGUUUUUUUUUGUAGUGUCCAGCAUAACUUGAUCCAUUGUUUUCUGAUCAAGAAAAUUUUAAUUCUUACUCAAAUUCAUCUAUCUUGUAAUCCAGAAUCUGCUCCACAAAUCGUAGUUGUUUUUGUUUUCUCUUCCGAGUGCUGGAUUUCACGCGUUCGGAUCUUCAAAGGCCGUUCUUUUUUAACUCUGAUUUGCAAGAACAAAUAAGUUGUUGCUCAUGUUGGAUCUCGCGGUAACGUUUGUUUUCUUCUCCAGAUAUGUCGAAGAUCGACAGACAAAGAUUAGUAAAACAAGUAAUUUUUGACUCUUUCGACUCUCUAUAAUAAGGAGAUGUUACAAAACCGUAGAUCGUCAACUACUUGCAUUUCAGAGCUAUUCAACUUCUCCAGACAUAGUUUCUAUUAUGCAAAGGACAGUAUAAACUCAUCCAUGUGUCGUAAUUUUCUCGUUCGAUAGUUAGACUAAUUACAUAGUGUAUAUACAUCAUAUAUGAACAUAUAACAUCUCAUUUAAAACUUUGAAAAAAUUGUUAAAUAUUUUGAAUUUGCAUGAAAUUUAUACAAAGCACUUGAGACAAAAAAGAAAAAAAAAUUUUCUUUUAUUGAUAAACAUCAAACACUUAGUCGAGGUCUGAACUCAGAAAUAACGCUUAAUUUUUUUUUUCUUAUUGUAAGAAACAAUGAGAAAACCUUACAAAGAUUCAUUAGGCCUAUUGUUAUUAUAAUGAUUGUUUUAUUCUACUUGUAAUUGAUAAGACAGAUACUGUCAAAUUCUAACAAUAUGAAAGGUUACAACUUUCCUUUCCUUAAAAAGAAAGGAAAUGCAAAAAAUUUUCUUUCUUUUUCUUUGUGAAAGUGAAAGUGCCACGCCUAUCCAAGUAUAAAUAUGAUGUUUAUUAAAUUAUUCUGACAGUACGAUUCCUUCUCGAGAUAUUAAACAAUCAAGAAACUUUCAUAACGUUCGGAUAAAAAUCAGAACACCCACUCUUUUGAUGAUUCAUUAUCUCGAAAAAAGAAAUCGUACUGUAAGAAGAAUUUAAUAAACACCAAUCUAUACCAUUCGAUCUUUGACUUGCCUCUACGACCGAAAAUUCAGUAAAAUGAUCCUAACCUUGAAAGAGCAAGGUACUGACACAAAUCCUUUUUUUUGGCUUCUACUAGUCUCACUGAAUCCUACAUAGCGACAAACUAUAAAUUCGCUGGGUGUUCAACAAUAAGGAAUGUUCUCUCGUUAAGAUUCUUUUUAAAAAUUUAUUCUACGUUAAAAAAAUGCUGUAAAUUAAUUUCACAUAUAUCUAAACAUAUAAAAUCCUCUUCAAAAUGACUUAUAGAAAUACCUUCAUAGAGUUUAUUGACUGUCUCAAGUAAGUAAAAUAAAGUUAUCUAUAAAAAAAAAUAAGUUUCUGCUUUUAUAAAUAUAAAAUCUUCAAUGUUGUCAAAUGUUGUAAAACACACACUCAGAAAAGAUAUCAUAAUGAUAAGUCCGGUUACUAAUGAGACAAUCCUAAAUAAAUUUGAUAUUUAAACUUUUUAUUAAUAUUAUAUAGCUAACGUUAAAUUCUUCCUCUAUGAUGUUUAAUUUUUUCUUCUGUAGGAAAAAUUAUUUAAAUAUUGACAACAAAAGAAAGUUUAUUCUUUCAUUCAUCAUUUAAAAGAAUUAACUUGUUUUAGAUUACUAAAAUAAAUUUUAUUUUUUUUUAUCUAACGUUCGAGUAAUAUACAACAACAUAUAAUGAAAUAUAUAGCAGUAUUCAUUUAUUUAUUAUUAAUUUUAAUUAUUCGUAUUGAUCAAUAACAAGCUAUUCCUUAUAACUUUUUGUCGAGAAUAUAUUUUCAAUCUUAUCCAUUAUCAUUAGAUGAUACAAAUAAUGAUAUUGAACAAACACAACACGAACGUCUUAAUAAACGUGAUUUUAGACAUUUUCUUAAUGGUCCAACACUAUUUCAACAACAAUAA